UAAUUAUUGUCCUGCAGGACAGCUGAUCUAUUUCAAACAGGAAGCUGUUUACAGAUAACACUUGCAACUGUUUUGUCUGAUUUGUUGAACUGUCGAAAAGAAAAAGACAACCUCUUUUCAAAUUAAAAACUGUCAGACUUCUGUAAACAGCAGCAAUGAGGUUCAUCUGUGCAGUGUCCCUGCAGGCACAGAGUGCUGUGCAGUUCCCAUUCUCUCAGCAGCCAUAAGGAGUCAGUGACCUGUAAGUGCUCAUUAUGAAGAGAGAUCUGGUUUUCUUGGUGACUCUAAUUAGCCUUGCCUUCCUGUCACUGCUAAGAUCUGGAUAUCCUCAACACAUUGCAGAGGAGUCCUGCUCUGUUCAGAUUCUUGUUCCAGGCCUCAAAGGGGAGGCUGGAGAAAAGGGGGAGAAAGGUGCUCCAGGUCGUCCAGGCAGAGUUGGACCUCCAGGAGAAAAAGGAGAAAUGGGGGACAAAGGCCAGAAAGGCAGCAUCGGACGUCACGGAAAAAUUGGUCCUAUUGGUUCAAAAGGUGAAAAAGGAGAUAAUGGUGACAUAGGACCACCAGGUCCUAAUGGUGACCCAGGCAUCCCUUGUGAGUGCAGUCAGCUAAGGAAGGCUAUCGGUGAAAUGGACAUUCAAGUAGCCCAGCUGACGACAGAGCUAAAAUUCAUAAAAAAUGCACUGCCCUCCCCCGCAGCUGUCGCCGGCGUGCGCGAGACAGACAAUAAGAUCUAUCUGCUGGUGAAGGAGGAGAAGCGGUACAAGGAAGCCCAGCUGUACUGCCACGGACGAGGAGGGACGCUGAGCAUGCCCAAGGACGAGACUGCCAACACCCUGAUUGCCUCGUACAUCAACCAAGCUGGGCUCACCAGAGUCUUCAUUGGGAUUAACGACCUGGAGAAGGAGGGGAACUUCGUCUACUCCGACCGCUCGCCCAUGCAGACCUUCAACAAAUGGCGCAGCGGGGAGCCCAACAACGCCUACGACGAGGAGGACUGUGUGGAGAUGGUGGCCUCUGGGGGCUGGAAUGAUGUUGCCUGUCACAUUACCAUGUAUUUCGUCUGCGAAUUUGACAAAGAAAAUGUCUAAGCUGCUCUGCUCUUUCUCUCUUUUAAGAAAAAUGCUUAAGACGAUGGUACAAGUUGCUCCAUGUUUAUAGAGUACAAGUGAAAUUUUGCAAGUGUGCGGUGUCGGAGUUGUACAGCUGUAAAUACAGUUCAGGUAUUUCAAAUAUCAGAAUUUACCCUUCAGAAGGGAGGAGCAGUAAUAAGGCAUAGCUUGAUUGGCUUUUUUAUAUGUAGGAAAAUAUAUGUGUUUAGAUAAAAAUGUGCUUUGGGGCUAAAUUUUGCCCUUACAACAGUUAACAACUGUGAUUGCAUGACUGUAAGGGGAGGCCGAAUUUGGCCUCUAGUUGUUAGAAUGGUAAGAAUUAGAUUCCUGAUAUUCUUUUAUCUUAGUAAAAUUUGUAGUUAUAAAAGCUAAUAACUUGUAGUGCUACAAGUAGGGAUGUUUUGGCAACAAGACAUAUUUUUUAUACUCCAGUUAAUAAGUACAAAUAUUACUGUCGGUUUUUUGAAUGUUACAACAUUUGUUUUCUUUUUUUUUUUUAAACUGGCCAAAGCAAACCAAAAGUCAAGAUUCCUACCAAUUUUGUAAUGUUUCUUCAUUAAACUGUUCAUAGAUGUAUGACCAAAAAGUGUUUAAGUAAAUAGAAUUUAGUGCUGUGGGAGGAAAAAGUCUAGUGAAAGGUGUCCCUGCCCAUGGCAGGGGGUUGGAACUAAGUAACCUUUCUCUUCCAACCCAAACUAUUCUAUGAUUCCGUGAUUCUAUGUUCUGAAAAUUCUUAGAAUUUAGUACUAAGAGGGUUUCUAUCCAGAUGGUGUUUUGGGGUUGGCUAAAUGUAAAAGUAACAAUUUGAUUUUCUUCAUUCCUCAGCUGAAAAUGAUUCAGUGCAUGAAGUAUUUCAGGCCCUAAAUAAUUUCUCAAGUAAAUGUUUCACAUUUCUUUAAGAUAAUCUUGGUGCAUCUUGUUACAAAACAAGCAAAAAUACCAGCCCUCCAUAAUUUAGGCAGACUUCAUAUAUAUGCAAUUAAGCUCGUGACAACACAUUAGCAAUCAGUUCCUUUUAGUAAGAAAACAGCUUACAUGUUUACACAGAUUGUUAAAAUAAUCCCCUGAAAAGCAGAAAAGUUUCCAAAAUUUUCCUGUGUAUAUAGCAGUAAUAAAUAACUUUGCACAAAUAAUUUAUGUACCAAAUUUACAAUUGCCUGUGAUGGAAAAAGGGAUGUAUAUUUCAAGAAAACCACCCCAGCAUAAUUUCACAAAAUAAAUGAUGAAUUACUUUAAAUCUUCCCAGGAGCCAGUUGCAUGCCACCUCAUCUCACUGUUAGGCAUAGGAAAAACAAAAGAAAUUGUAAAAUCUCUAACAGUGCUUCUUUAGGAAUACCUUGCACAGUGCUUUAAGAUGAUUUUAAAGGAUAAAUGAUCCUUGCAUAACAUUCUGGUCAAAAUGCAUCUCUGGUCAUUAUGGCAGAUUGGUCUAUAGGAUAUCCACAGUGGAUAUGGCAUGUGGUUCCAGAGAUUUCUUUACAGCAAGGAAACUCAUAAACUCUGUUGCAGCACGUAAACAAUCAAUGGCCAUACAAUGCUGUUCAUAUCCACAGACAUUAUUUGAUUUAUAUACCUGAGAGAACAAACUGUUUUGUUUGAUAUAUUUACUCUGUAAAUCUCAUUCCUUUAUAUAUAUAUAUAUAUAUAUAUAUAUGUUUGCUAUUAAUUUUGAAGAUCACUAGCAGUACUAUACUAUCCUAUAGUAUUUGAUUAUCAGCCCAGCUCCAGAAAAAUCACUCAAAAUGAAUGGGUCCUUUGAUUGCUUCAUUUUCUUUUAAUAAAGAUAGGUAUGGUACCUGUGUGUUAGUCAUUCUUCCAACUGCAUAUUGAAAUCUAUUAAAUAAUGUGAAUCUUUUUCUACAGUAAUAUUCAAAGACUCUAUAGAAUUUGCAGGGAGCUAACAAUUCCAGUAGAGCAAUUUGUUUAGAGCAGUGCUUUGAAUAUCAUGAUUGUUUCCUGCCUGCCAUAGAAAUCCUCAGAAACCGUUUAAGUCUCCAACAUACUUUUGUCAAAUCAUUGUUGCUAUAUUAAAACAGUCCAUACCUGAGACACAGAUAUUUGAAGCUCCCUCAUUAUGUCUGAUGAAGUUGCUGUUUUUCACCUAGGUUUUGAAAUUUUCUGUUGUAUUGUUCAAUUUCCUCAGAAAAAUGAAAAGAGGCCUUUUAGGGAGAUAGGAAGCUUUUUGAGAUGCCAAAUGCUCCUAUUUUAGCUGAAGUCACACCAGGUUUUAAAGAUUUCCUUGUUAUGUGUAGCAUUUAAACAGCCUCAAUUUCUACUAAAAUUUAGGAUAAAAGGUAAAAGCAAUGGAAAAACAUUUAUUUUUCCUAGUUUUCAUGUUCUUCAGGAUAUUUUUUCGCAGUUCUUGAUAUGUGAGGUAGAAACUAAAUUAGUUUCAUUGUCAGACACCUGUACACUAGCUGCAGCAGCUCUUAUUUCACCAUUUGAGCAAAGGGAGCAAGGCUGGUGUGUAAGGUCUGUAGCUGUCCUGCAAGGGGCAACAACAGCACAUCUGAUAUUUACCCCUUUGAGGAACUAGGUGGGAAGUGAUGGAGGCAUUGGAAAUGAAUGAGCCCUUCAUAAUUUCUUUCACCCUCUAGUUGCUGAUGCCUGUAGGUAGACCCUUGCUGGAGGCAGAAAUCAAUGUUGCAUGUAGUGCUCAGCCUGCAUGAAGUCUGCUGACAUGCUUGGUAAGGUUCCAUUAUUCUCCCUGGAAUUUGGUACUAUUUUUUUUUUUUUUUAAAUAAAAUGAGUGAUAAGUUAAUUUUACUUGGGGUGUUUUCCAUAUGCAUUAAAACCUGCAAUUGUAAUAUAAUUACUCAUUUUGUGUAGCUCUGCAGAAGCCUUUGGAACAUGUCUGUAUGGCAAGCACAGGUUUCUCUCAGACUAUUCUUAUAUGCUCUAUUUUUGAUGGAUAAUUUUUCCUCAUAAAUAUAAUUUAUUUUAUUCUUGAAUAAAGGGCAUUCUAUGGCAUUUUAA